AUGACCUGCCUGCGCUUUGCAUGGCGUCCCUUGGUGUGUCUUGCCGCUCUGCCUCAGCGCGACAGCACUUUGAUCUCUUCGUCAUCGGCGGCGGAAGCGGAGGACUCGCAUGCGCGCGACGCGCAGCGGCAUACAACGUCAGAGUCGGCAUUGCUGACGGCAAACGGCUCGGAGGUCAUGUGGUGCGUGGCAUCGGUCCACGAGACGCUUCACGACUUGAAGAACUUUGCAUUCACCGUCACAGAGCAGCCGACGUUUUCCUGGAGCGCCUUGAAGACAAACCGAGACAACUACAUCAAGAGACUGAACAACAUAUACCUGAACAACCUCAAGAACAGCGGCGUCACGUUUUUCCCAGCGUUUGCGCGACUCGCGAAGCCAGACGCGACGCCGAAUGGAGGGCAGGCGCACUCAAUCAUCCUCAAGUCUGGCGACGGCAAGGAAGAAACGGUGACAGCUGACCACGUCCUCAUCGCUUCAGGCGGCAGGCCAGUGGAGGCGGGAAUCCCCGGCGAAGAACACACCAUCAACAGCGACGGCUUCUUUGAACUGGAGGAGAUGCCCAAGAAAGUGGCGCUGAUUGGAGCGGGGUACGUUGCAGUGGAGCUUGCGGGAGUGUUUGCCGCGAUGCGAGCGGAGACGCAUCUCUUCGUCCGCAGGGAGUGCGCCCUUCGAAAGUUUGACGACAUGAUCAGCUCGCGCGUCGACGAAUUCAUGAAGAAAGCCGGUGUGCAGGUACAUCCCCACAGCAACGCCAAAGCUGUUCACAAAGACGCCGACGACUCGCUGACGCUGGAGCUCACCGACGGAAGGAAAAUCGGAGGAUUCGAGUCCAUUAUUGUCACGAUUGGUCGCGUCCCUGAAGUCGAGGGCCUCGGCUUGCAAGAUGUCGGCGUGAAGCAGGUGCCCGGCGCGGGUUACAUCCAAGUUGACGAAUUUCAGAAUACCUCCGUCAAGCAGAUCUACGCCUUGGGCGACGUGUGUGGCAAGCUCGAGCUGACGCCGGUGGCCAUUGCGGCGGGGCGGCGCCUGGCGGACCGGCUCUUUGGGGACCUGCCGAAUGCGAAGCUUGAGUACGGCUGCGUGCCGACUGUCAUCUUCUCGCACCCGCCUGCUGCCUCUGUCGGUUUGACUGAGGCGGAAGCGAAGGCCACGUACGGCGAGGAAGAUAUAAAGGUGUACACGGGAACAAGCGUCAACCUGUACUACGGAGCAUGGCCCGUUGCGCCUGAGGAGAAACCAAAAACUUUCAUCAAAAUGAUUUGCGUGAAAAGCCUGUCAAUGAAGGUCGUCGGGCUCCACGUCGUCGGCAUGGGCGCCGACGAGAUGAUUCAAGGCUUCGGUGUCGCGAUCAAAAUGGGGGCGACGAAAGCAGACUUUGACAACUGCGUCGCAGUGCACCCGACGGCAGCCGAGGAGGUCGUGACACUCGCACCUUGGGGUCUUUCACACAAAGGCAUGUAG